UGACAGGAAGCAGCCGGUUUUAGCACCAGGACAGCUGCGAUAUGGUCACAUCAGUCACGUGGUCCGUUCUGCUGCUGGAUCUGAACGGGCCUUCCCGCCCGAGAUCCGCUGGGAAGCUCCGGUCAUUCGCUGCGCCGCCUGCUGCUCCGGCUGAGAAACGAUGCGGAGCCACAGACUCUGGCUGAAUCAACCAAUCACAGAGGACGCUCUGCCCCGCCGUCGGUAAGUGACGGGAGUUAAGACCAAUCAGAGACGCUCUAGGCAGGCGGCCGAGGAGAAGGAAGGCGGGGCUUCAUCGACACCGAGUAGAUCAGCGGAACAAAAUGGCGGCCGUGGCUGCUGAGCCAGGAGCUGUGGUUCCGACCACAACACGGUCCGAGAGUCCGCCCGAACCAGGACCGGAGAGCCCCGGACACCAGGAGGCCCCGGCGGAGCCCCGCGGGGCCCCGGGAUCCGGUCCGGGGGAGGAUUCGGAGAAGGGAGAAUCCGGGGAGGGCCGCCAUGUUGGUCCGGAGCAGAAGCCCGGGGCGGGACCGGUUUUACCCGGGUCAGACAGAACCACGGAGGAUGUGCUGGACCGGAGCGGCGGCCACCCGGACCAAGCUGCGAGCCCGGACCUUUCGGACCUCCCUGUGGACUGCAGCGGUUCUGAUCGGGCCUUUCCCGGACUGCCGAACUCAGACAAUACCAGUACCUACCGAACCGUCCCCCUGGACCCGCAGCCCCCCGCCGUUUUCCUGCACUCGGUCCCGGACCCCGCUCCGGUCUCCGAGGCCGGACUCUCUUUGGCUGAACCGGCAGAACCUACCGAGACCACUGAACUGGACCGGUGCUACACGAUUUUGGACCCAGAGGAGCGGGGUUCUGGACCUACGGGGGAUUCUGUCUUGGAUGCGGGUCCAGAACCAGGGGCCAGGUUCGCUAAGAGCUCACCAGGCCCCAAACACGAGGAUUGCUCCGGAUCAGAACCGAGAUCUGUGCUGGACCUAAGUCCCGGUACCGAGGUCCGGGUCAUCCUGGACCACGUGAUCGAUGACGCGCUGGUGGUGUCGUUCCGACUGGGGGAGCAAGUCUUCUCAGGGGUUCUGAUGGACGUGUCCAAAAGGUUCGGACCGCACGGUAUUCCCAUCACCAUGUUUCCCAGACGGGACGACCGCAGUCGUCCUCCAGCGUCUCUGCAGACGGUGACCGCUGGUGAAGAGCCGUCCGCCAACCAGGAGGAGGCCGUUUCUGUCGCCCCACCCCACCCCAAGCCCUGGAGCUCCAAACCCCCGCCGCUGUUCCAGGAGGGGGCGCCGUACCCCCCUCCUCUGUUCAUCAGGGACACCUACAACCAGGCCUUACCUCAGCCGCCGCCACGCAAAAUCAAACGGCCCAAACGCCGCUACCGCUGUGAAGAGCCCACUUCCAUCAUGAACGCCAUCAAGCUCCGCCCCAGACAGGUUCUCUGUGACAAGUGUAAAUGCGUGGUAGCGUCAGGGAGCCACAGGGAGGCGCGGCGAGGCGUGGUGGAGCUAAGGGGCGAGGAGGCGUCACGGCGGCGGCGACCGGCAGACGUUCCCAUGUCGUCAGAGUUAAAACGUCUGAGGAUCGACGACAAAUCAGGACGCGCCGCUGCUGACAAGCGCUCGUCAGGGACCCAGGUGACUUCGUCCUCCCGCCGCGUCCUACGGGACGUGGUCUCGUCCUCGGCGGCGCCGUCCAGCCGCAUUCAGCUAAACUCUAAAAAGGUCCUGAGCAAAGUCUCAGAGCGCCCCAACCCCCGCAAGGUUCUCCAGAAGCUGGCGCCACACCACCGGCCCAAAGAGCAGAACCAGGACAACAAGGCGGUGACCCGGGCUGCUGCGCUGCAGAACCACGGUCAGAAGGUCCACUUCACCCGCCGCCUGCAGCACCUGGGCGGCGCCGCCACCGGCACGCCGCUGCCGCCCAGGAUGCGCCUCAAGCCUCAAAGGUACCGUACCGACGAACCGACGCCGUGCCCGGCCUCUGAGCCUUCGCCCAAACCUGCCACAAGCCCCGCCCACACACCUCCUGCUGCAGCUCCUCCCCCAGCACCUCCUCCCCCGUGUGUCGCCGCCGUAGGAACGAAUGAGGACGAGGUGGUGCAGGAUGGAGCUGGCUGGCAGGAGGUGGAGCCUCCUCCGCCUUCCUCUUCCUCCUACUCUUUAGACUCCUCCCACUCGGAGUGCAGCUCCACAGAGACCUAUGAUCUCCCUCCUCCUGGAGACGUGCCCUCCUCCUCCUCCGGCCCCACUCCUGCACCUCCUCCCUCCUCCGCCCCCUUAGUUCCUCUCUGCCCCGCAUCUUCGUCCCCAGCUCCACCUGCCGCCGAAGGUGAGGACGAGGAGGACGGAGGCGACGUGAAGCGGCGCAGGAAGCUGUCCACUUCCUCCUCCUCCUCAUCUUCGUCCUCCUCGUCUGUCUUCUCCAAAUCGGUGUCCAAGUGUCUGUUGCCAGACGGCCGCACCGUGUGCGUGGGCGACAUCGUCUGGGCCAAGAUCUACGGCUUCCCCUGGUGGCCGGCGCGCGUGCUAGGCAUCACCGUGGCGCGCCGCGGCGACACGGGGCUGGCGGUGCGGCAGGAGGCGCGCGUCUCCUGGUUCGGCUCUCCGACCACCUCCUUCCUGCCGCUAGCUCAGCUCUCGCCGUUCCUUGAGACAUUUCAGUCGCGCUUUGACAAGAAGAGGAAGGGGCCGUACCGCCGUGCCAUCGCCGAGGCCGCCAGCGCCGCCAAGCAGCUGACGCCCGAGGUGCGCGCGCUGCUCACGCAGUUCGAGACGUGACAUAGGCCCCGCCCCUUUCACGAGCUGGGAGGAGUCAGCCCCAGACUGAUAAAGACUGUUUCCUAAGUGGAGAGGAGGGGAGGAGCCUCUGAUGGCAGGGGGCGGAGCUUGUAUCUUCCACCUGCCAGGUGUUAGUGGCAGCAUUUCAGCUCACUUUGCAUUUCGUUUUGUAGACUGUUGCGUUGACCCGUUCUUUUCUAAUUUAUCAGGGGAUUCUGACCGAAGAUUGGCUGACAGAGUUGACAUCUUGAUGAUGUCACUCUUUCACCACACCUGUUAUAAACACUAAUUCCUCACCUGCCUCUAUAAUGUUGAAGGUAUUGAUCAAAAUGGCAAAUGGCUAUUUUUCAAUUAUGCUGCGACGCCCCCUCAGGGCGGCUCAUUGGUCCAACCAUGGCUUGAAAUGCUGACACAUCACUUCCUGUUGGAAUUUGAAUUAAAAUAUUUGUACUUUUUUUUGAA